CGGAGCUCCUCCCACCCCCCCGGCCUGCAGACAACAUGAAUGAUGAUGACCACCACUAUGAAGGCUCCCUGUUCCCCACCUCCAUCCUCAUCCCUGUUACCAUCAUCUGUAUCCUCCUCUUCCUGGUCGGUGUGUUGGGAAACACCAUGACUAUCCUCAUCAUCCAGCGCUUCAAGGAUAUGAAGACCACCACCAACCUGUACCUGUCCUCCAUGGCUGUGUCCGACCUCCUCAUCUUCCUCUGCCUGCCCUUUGACCUCUACCGCCUGUGGAAGUACGUCCCCUGGGUGUUUGGGGAGGUGGUGUGUCAUCUGUUCCACUAUGUCAAUGAAGGCUGUACGUACGCCACCAUCCUCCACAUCACCGCGCUCAGCAUGGAGCGAUACCUGGCCAUCUGUUUCCCCCUCAGAGCUAAAGUCGUGGUGACCAAACGCAGGGUCCAGUACAUCAUUAUGGCUCUAUGGACCUUUGCUCUGCUCUCUGCUUCCCCCAUGCUGUUUCUGGUGGGGGUGGAGUAUGACAACGAAACGUACCCGGACUACAGUACAAGACAGUGUAAACACACGAACUACGCCAUCAGGUCAGGGCAGCUGCACACAAUGAUCUGGGUGUCCACGACGUAUUUCUUCUGCCCCAUGUUCUGCCUGGUUUUCCUGUACGGCUCCAUUGGACGGAAGCUGUGGAAGAGUAAGAACGACCUGCAGGGUCCCAAUGCCGUGGCCCGGGAGAGGUCGCAUAGACAGACCGUCAAAAUACUGGUGGUAGUAGUCCUGGCGUUUGUGAUCUGUUGGUUGCCGUACCACAUUGGACGUAACCUGUUUGCCCAGGUGGAUGACUAUGAUGAGGCUAAACUGAGCCAGGACUUCAACAUAGGCUCCAUGGUCCUCUGUUACCUCAGCGCCUCCAUCAACCCUGUCCUCUAUAACCUCAUGUCCAGGAAGUACCGCGCCGCCGCGCACCGCCUCUUCCUGCUCAGACGCAAGCCCCACCCCCGACUCAAUGGUAGCAACAACCGUAGACCAACUGGACCGAGACAGCAGCUGUCCCUCAGAGAAGAAACCACCGUACUCGAUGAGACCGUGAUCGGAGUUUAGGAGGUUUGGCAAGGACAGUUUUCAUGACAUCUAACCUCGUCCCCAGAGUUUGAUUCCACACUUCAGAGCUUGGAAAGAAAUGUCUUGUGCAGGAGAUUCCAUGACAUCCAGGACAGUCACACUACAACGCUAUGGAGCAUCCAGUACAGUCACACUACAACGCUAUGGAGCAUUCAGUACAGUCACACUACAACGCUAAGGAGCAUCCGGUACAGUCACACUACAACGCUAUGGAGCAUCCAGUACAGUCACACUACAACGCUAUGAAGCAUUCGGUACAGUCACACUACAACGUCAUGGAGCAUCCGGUACAGUCACACUACAACGCUAUGGAGCAUCCAGGACAGUCACACUACAACGCUAUGGAGCAUUCAGUACAGCCACACUACAACGCUAUGGAGCUGAGAGUGUUAACUGGGUUUAUAGGGGACAGAGUUGACCUGCUGUCAUCCUGAUUAUGAACAGAGCAGGAGAGAGUGUUUCAGACCGUUCCAUUUGGCUCUGGGAGAGAUAAGAGGGAUUAAGUCAUAUUGAAGAGAGAGGUGUUUUAUGAAAGGGAAUCUGGGCCUUUGUCUCAUAAUUAUUAUUUAUUAUAAUUGGAGGCGUAUGAAAGGGCAGUAGCUUCACAGCCACUGGGUUUGUCUUGACUGUUAUUCCAUGUGAAGUGUUUGUUUAUCGGAAAAUGUAUAUUCAUGUAUAUUUACAUACUGUAGCAAUGGAACGUGAUGACCUGCUGUUGCAACCACUUAUGGUAAGAGAUACUGGAUGGUUCAUUACUUUGACCUAAAUGGACUAAUUCAUGUUUAGUCUCACACCUCAUUAUCCUAUUUAGACAGAGACAAGACAAGACUGCCAGGUUAACUAAACCUCCAUUUUGUCUGUUUAAAUGCUGAGUGAUGUGUUAAGUUUGUUUUAUUUAAUGUCAAGCUGUACUCUAUGUAGAAUACUGUAUGUUCGUCAUUUUGAUGUUGGGUUUCCAGAUGCGAAGGGACCUGUUUGCCUUAGUAUUAGUUAUAUUUAGGUCCAGAUGCGAAGGGACCUGUUUGCCUUAGUAUUAGUUAUAUUUAGGUCCAGAUGCGAAGGGACCUGUUUGCCUUAGUAUUAGUUAUAUUUAGGUCCAGAUGCGAAGGGACCUGAUUGCCUUAGUAUUAGUUAUA